AUGGCUGUGCAGUUCAGGGACAUUUUGAAGCGGGCAAGCUGCCGCCCUCGUGGACCUGAGGAGUUGUUUCGCAAGAAGAAAAAGAAGAGGCCUGAGAUAUCAGCGCCCAAGAACUUUGAGCACCGUGUCCACACCUCAUUUGACUCCAAACGUGGCUGCUUUGUGGGCCUGCCAACCCAAUGGCAGAGCCUGAUCGAGAAUCUGCGCAGGCCCAAACCUAUGGUGGACCCUUCCAGGAUCACAGAGGUGGAGCUGAGGCCAAAGAAGACCAUUGUGCGAGGGAGCAUGAUCGGUCACGGAGACUACAUCGCAGCCAUGAUCAAUGACAUGAACCGUCUGUCUGUGACCAGUUCCAACUCUCUGAGGAAGAGCAGCCCCUCGGCCAGGAAGAGGGCCCAGUCACUGGGAAGGCUGGGGGAAGUGAACGAGGGAGACGCUUACCAGUACGAGGGCCUGACCCAGGAUGACGAAGACGACGAGGAUGUAGGUCAGGAGUGGAGGGACAGGGCCAGGAACAUUCAUAGUGAGACCAACACCCCCUACUUGGGCAUGAAGAAGAGCAUCACUCUGCAGCCCAAUGGGAUCUUACCAAAGGCCAAGUCCACUUAUGAAGUCAGUGUCACCUCCCUGGAGGGGCCCUCGCAACCGGUUCAACCCCAGAACAUGCCUGUGCUAAGUCACGGGGCUUAUGUGAGCGGUGAGGUCGGCAGCCCUCAGGAGAGAGUGAUAUGGAAAAGAGAUUUCCAGCUGCCCAGGGGAAUGCCACCAAAUCAGAGACCUAUAGCUUGUUUUUACAGCCCAGCUAUGGCUGUCCAGCAGCCACACGGGGAUCAAGCAACAGUCACCACGGAGCUACGACCCAACGUACCCAUGUACAUGCACCCCCAGAACAGCCCGGGGAGGCCGUUCUCUUCCUAUGACCUGAAGGCAGAGUCGGCAGUGAGGUACCACUCCGGCUUCCUGCCCACUGGCAACAGCAGUCCUCUUGCGGGCGGCAUCAGACCCCAGAGAACUGUGCGCUCCUCGGCUAGCUACACACUGGGCCUGUCUCCUAACAUGGGGCUGAGGCCCAAUGGUCCCGACCCCUUCCUCAGACACUCUAGAUGCCCCAAUCCUCCCUACCCCCGGCAAGACAGCCCUUCCCAGCCUCGACCAUCUCCCACAGGUUCACUUGCCACCAGUCCUCCAGGCACCUGCUCCCCUGCUUUCAGGCCCCCGCAACAUCCUUCCCCCAGACCACCGCCAGACCCGCCCAAGGUGACCCAUGAACAGUUCAAGGCGGCCCUGCAGAUGGUGGUGGAUAAGGGCGAUCCACGGUCUUACCUGGAGAACUUUGUGAAGAUUGGGGAGGGCUCAACGGGGGUUGUGUGUAUCGCUACAGAGAAGCACAGCGGCAGGCAGGUGGCGGUGAAGAUGAUGGACCUGCGGCGGCAGCAGAGGAGAGAGUUGCUCUUUAAUGAGGUGGUCAUCAUGAGGGACUAUCAGCACAGGAACGUGGUGGAGAUGUUUAAGUCCGCUCUGGUGGAGGAGGAGCUGUGGGUUAUCAUGGAGUACCUGCAGGGUGGAGCACUGACCAACAUUGUGUCUGAGACCAGGCUGAGUGAAGAGCAGAUUGCCACAGUGUGUGAAGCUGUUCUGCAAGCCCUGGCCUAUCUCCAUUCUCAGGGAGUCAUCCACAGAGACAUCAAGAGCGACUCUAUAUUACUCACAUUAGACGGAAGGGUCAAGCUUUCAGACUUUGGCUUCUGUGCUCAGAUCAGCAAGGACAUCCCUAAGAGGAAAUCUUUAGUGGGGACGCCCUAUUGGAUGGCUCCUGAGGUCAUUUCCAAAUCGCCAUAUGGCACUGAGGUGGAUGUUUGGUCAAUGGGUAUCAUGGUGGUGGAGAUGGUGGACGGAGAGCCACCGUACUUCAGUGAAACCCCUGUAGCAGCUAUGAAGAGACUGAGGGAUGAGCUGGCUCCUACUGUGCGAAAUGUCAACCAGAUCUCCCCAGUUCUAAAAGACUUCCUGGACCGUAUGCUGACUCGGGACCCCCUAGAGAGGGCCAGUGCCACCGACCUGCUGGAGCACCCCUUCCUGCUGCAGAGCGGCUCACCUCAGUGCCUGGUCCCACUGGUGGAGCAGUACCGCAAGCGCAUGUCCCGUUGCUGACCACUUGGGGCUCCCGCUCCCCAGCACCCACCUUCAGUCUGACCUUGUCCAGGCGAGGACCAGCACCGGGGUCCCAACUCCUCUAGCACCCAAGCCAACGGGAGAUCAGCUCCAGAGAAGCAGACCCAGACAGCAUGUUGCUGCCAGAGUGAUGGUGGCAGGAUGGCAAGUUCUGUUGACAGACACCGCAUGGUCUCAGGCAUGAGAGAAGCACUUUAGGAGUGAGUUAAAGGCAGCAUGCAAUUCCUCACCUCUCGACUCGGUUUUGACCCGAAUAUUGAUUGGCUUCCUGUAACAUUCAGUGGGACUCAACACAACACAACAUGGUGCAUAUCAUCUGAUAGCAAAAAUCAAUACUCCACGUAACUAUAUGUAAUGGACAUGUGCUACUCUAAAGAUCCUUUAUAGUGUUCAUAGUGGGCAUUAUUACUAGCAGUGUAAAGCUUAUAAAGCUGGUGUUAGGCUCAAACCACAGUAGCUCAUUGUGACAUUAUUAAGGAAGGAUAACGUUACCUCUGCACACUCACUCUCUCUGUUGUGGAAACUGGACAACGACAUGGUCAGUACACUCCGCAAACGCUGACAGUAGACUCUUUGCAUGGCCAAAUGGAGGCACACCUGGCCUGAUGUGAAUGCUUGAAUAUGUACCAA